AUGGGAGAGCCAGUUCUGGCCCAAUUUCCACCUUUGCAUUGCUACCCUUCACUAAAACUCGUCCCUCUUGCCUUGCCACAAAUUGAAUAUACUUCCCCGCCAGAGUUCAAAAGGACGAUGACGAAUGGUGGCCUGAUGAAAGAGAAACGUAAAAACUACCACGGUGGGCACGGAGCCGUGGUGAGAGACAAGCCUCCAAACAACAAAUGGUGGGCGCGGAGUCCCAGUGGUGUGUUUCGAAGGCCAUGCUCAGACGCGAUAGUAGAUCGAGAAGCAAUAGAGCAGGGGGAGAAGGCGACGACCAUCCUAAAUGAUAUGAUCAAAGAGUUCCUGGACUGGAAGAAGAGCAUGAAGGAGCAAGGCUGGAGGUGGGAUAAAGCCAGUUACAACUUCUUCAAGAUAGAGGGCAACACCAAGAUAUGGAAUCGGACGGGAUAUCUGCUCAACACCUCUUUCGACAAUGGAAUGCAGACCAGCCCUUGCGUGUCGUUGGCAGACGAAGAAACAGAGCGUCACUCGGUUUUUGGUGAGGCUGAUGAUUAG